CGAUCCUAAGACGAGGAGGCUUGUGGGUAAAGGAGGCCGGGCCAGCAGCUGUCUGUCCUCCUGUAGAACUGUUCUAUUUGCGAGUGUUGAUGUCAGCGGGGCGCUCGCGGAGAGGCGAGCCAAAGCAUCCUCAGAGACUGGAAAGAGAGGGCAGGCACUGCACUGUGCGCGGACACUCGCAGUGUCCAUUGGGCCGGGUAGAAACCGGACCCAAACAAACGGCUCAAUAUAGUAGGAUUCAAGACUAUUACAGUUGUAUUGGGUUGCUGUCUGACGUGAAGUUGAGCAGGAUUUUUAUUUUCAUUGAUGGAAAUUCGAAUCCUAGGAAGUGCCAGUACAACCGGGAAAGAGAAGAGUCUGUCAUUUCGCCCAGAGCGGGUUUCUUUGGAAAGGAAGGAGUGUGAAAACGCCCUAUUGGAAACUAAAGGACUGCUACUGAUCCCUGUAUGUCCAUUUAGAGCGCGGGAUACCCGUACUGGAUUACAACCGAGUCGAACUUUAACCUUCAGGGUUGUUGCUGAAGUGGGGUGGAGGAGGUCAACUCGGCCAUUAUCGGUGGGAGUGAGGUGUCUUUGCAUUCUUGCUGUUAUUUUUAUGACAAACUUAUCUGUAGACUUUGACUGGGGGCGGCCUUUUUUAUAGGCUUCUCUCUAGGCCCUGGGGCACAGCAGCCCCAGGGAGGGAAACUAUUGGAUAGUGCACCGGGCACACAGGGGACUUCUGUGGUUUCUCACUAACUUUUGCUUUUGCGUGAAACUUGGAAGUCAUUGUAGCUGUAGCCGUCAACAUGUCGGCAACUACAGUGGAAACGAUGGAAAGCCGGCAAAGGAAACUGGAAGCCAUGAUCAAGGAUCCGAGGUCUGCGCUCAAUAUCGAAAGUUUAUUGGAUGGCUUCAAUUCCUUGGUUCUAGAUUUGGACUUUCCUCUACUAAGGAAAAACAAGAACAUAGACAACUUCUUAAAUAGAUUUGAAAAGACAGUUGCGAAAGCCCGAGAAAUGCAGAUGAAGGUGGAGGAUUAUGAAUUUGUAAAGGUGAUUGGAAGAGGAGCUUUUGGAGAAGUUCAGCUGGUUCGACACAAGACAACACAGAAAGCCUAUGCAAUGAAGCUUUUGAGCAAGUUUGAAAUGAUCAAACGGUCAGAUUCUGCUUUCUUCUGGGAAGAAAGAAAUAUUAUGGCCUUUGCCAACAGUCCAUGGGUUGUGCAGCUAUACAGUGCCUUCCAAGAUGAGCGAUAUCUUUACAUGGUAAUGGAAUACAUGCCUGGAGGGGACCUUGUAAACCUUAUGAGUAACUAUGAAGUACCUGAAAAAUGGGCAAAAUUCUACACAGCUGAAGUUGUACUUGCUCUGGAUGCUAUCCAUUCAUUGGGUUUAAUACAUCGUGAUGUGAAGCCUGAUAAUAUGCUGCUAGACAAACACGGGCACUUAAAAUUAGCUGAUUUUGGCACGUGCAUGAAAAUGGAUAAGACUGGGAUGGUACGGUGCGAUACAGCUGUAGGGACCCCUGAUUAUAUAUCACCAGAAGUUUUAAAAUCACAAGGAGGAGAUGGCUGUUAUGGACGAGAGUGCGAUUGGUGGUCUGUUGGUGUCUUCCUUUAUGAAAUGUUAGUUGGUGACACACCAUUUUAUGCAGACUCUUUAGUGGGAACGUAUAGUAAAAUUAUGGACCACAAGAACUCACUCAAUUUUCCAGAUGAUAUUGAAAUUUCAAAGCAAGCCAAAGAUCUAAUAUGUGCCUUCUUAACUGAAAGGGAUGUACGACUUGGGAGAAAUGGAGUUGGAGAAAUUAAGCAACAUCCUUUUUUUAAAAAUGACCAGUGGACAUGGGAUAAUAUACGUGAAACUGCUGCCCCUGUUGUGCCUGAACUGUCCAGUGACAUAGACAGCAGUAAUUUUGAUGAAAUAGAGGAUGACAAGGGAGAGGUGGAAACAUUUCCUGUUCCUAAAGCCUUUGUGGGAAACCAGCUGCCAUUCAUAGGAUUUACUUACUACAGAGAUGACAGAUGAAUUCCAGAAAGAACUUGGAAUCCACAGUUAGACAGCUGGAAAGAGAAAAGGCUCUUCUUCAGCAUAAGCAUGCAGAAUAUCAACGGAAAGCUGAAAAUGAGGCAGAAAAGAAACGUAGUCUUGAAAAUGAUGUUAACACCUUGAAGGAUCAGCUUGAGGAUUUGAAAAAAAGAAAUCACAAUUCGCAAAUAUCUAAUGAAAAAAUUAAUCAACUCCAACGACAGCUGGAUGAAGCCAAUUCGCUUUUGCGCACAGAAUCUGAUACUGCUGCCAGACUAAGAAAAAUUCAGACUGAGAUGUCAAAGCAGAUUCAACAGCUGGAAGCUAAUAGCAGGGAACUACAAGACAAAAACUGUUUGCUGGAAAAUGCUAAGCUUAAACUUGAAAAGGACUUCAGCAAUUUGCAGUCAGCUCUUGAAUCAGAACGACGAGAUCGUAGCCACGGCUCUGAACUGAUAAAUGACUUACAAUUCAGAAUUUCUGGCUUGGAGGAAGAACUUAAAAAUAUGAAAAGUUCAAUAUCCAAAGUGGAGCUGGAAAAGCGGAAGCUGCAGGAAAAACUCUCAGAAUUAGAAAAGGAGAAAAACAGCACAGAGAUAGACAUGACCUAUAAACUGAAAGCACUUCAGCAGAGUCUGGAACAGGAAGAAGCAGAACAUAAAGCUACCAAAGCACGAUUAGCAGACAAAAACAAGAUCUAUGAAUCCAUUGAGGAAGCAAAGUCAGAGGCUAUGAAGGAGAUGGAGAAGUUGUUAUACGAUGAAAGAACAUCAAAGCAGAAAGUAGAAAACUAUUUGCUGGAAGCUGAAAAGAAGUGUUCUAUGUUGGACUGUGACCUCAAACAGUCCCAGCAGAAAAUAGAUGAACUGAUUAAGCAAAAGGAAAUGCUAAAUGAAGAUGUUAAAAAUCUGUCUUUAAAAAUAGAACAAGAAACACAAAAGCGCUGCCUUACUCAAAAUGACCUAAAAAUGCAGACACAACAAGUAAACUCAUUAAAAAUGUCAGAGAAGCAGCUAAAACAAGAAAUCAAUCACCUUUUGGAGUUGAAACAGAACCUGGAGAAGCAGAACAGUGAACUUCGAAAAGAACGUCAGGAUGCAGAUGGACAAAUGAAAGAGCUUCAGGAUCAGCUGGAAGCUGAGCAGUACUUCUCUACGCUGUACAAGACCCAAGUUCGAGAAUUAAAAGAAGAAUGUGAAGAAAAGAAUAAGCUGUGCAAAGAGAUGCAACAGAAGAUUCAAGAGUUGCAGGAUGAGAGAGAUUCUUUGGCUGCUCAGCUUGAAAUCACACUAACAAAGGCAGAUUCAGAGCAGUUAGCUCGCUCUAUUGCUGAGGAGCAGUACUCUGAUUUGGAAAAAGAGAAGAUAAUGAAGGAACUUGAAAUCAAAGAGAUGAUGGCAAGGCAUAAACAGGAGCUUGCAGAAAAAGAUGUUACCAUUGCAUCUCUGGAAGAGACCAACAGGACACUGACUAGUGAUGUUGCUAAUCUUGCUAAUGAGAAGGAAGAGCUGAAUAACAGACUGAAAGAAGUUCAGGAACAAAUCCAGAAGAUUAAUGAAGAAGUAGGAGGUAUAACAGUUAUUAAGGCGCAAUUUGAAAAGCAACUGCUCACUGAGAGAACUUUGAAAACUCAGGCAGUCAAUAAGCUGGCAGAGAUUAUGAAUCGUAAAGAUCCAGUUGCUGGUCGACGUGGAAAUGAUACUGAUGUACGUCGAAAGGAAAAGGAGAACAGGAAACUACAACUGGAGCUAAAAUCAGAGAGGGAGAAGUUAACACAGAUGAUGAUCAAAUAUCAGCGGGAGUUGAAUGACAUGCAAGCGCAAAUAUCUGAAGAAAGUCAGUUAAGGAUUGAACUGCAGAUGGCACUAGACAGCAAAGACAGUGACAUCGAACAGCUCCGGUCACAGCUUCAGACAAUACAUAUUGGGCUUGAUACUACCAGUAUUGGCAGUGGACCAGGAGAUGCUGACAUAGAUGACGGAUUUCCUGUUCAUAUUACUCAGUCACACACAUCGGAAUCCUUAUCAUUUUCCUAUAAGCGCUCUUCUACUACUGUCAGCAUUGCCACUAAGCCCUCCCUUUCACCCCAUGAUUCUGAUUUGGACUCUGAAGACGAAACAAUUUGCUCAGAUGAACCUUCAGAGACUGAUAAGAAUACAGAAUCAAGACUAGAAGGGUGGCUUUCUGUGCCACUGCGGAACAACACUAAGAAGUUUGGAUGGGUUAGAAAGUACGUUGUUGUGAGCAGCAAGAAAAUACUGUUUUAUGACAGUGAGCAAGACAAAGAGCUGUCAAAUCCGUUCAUGGUUUUGGAUAUUGACAAAUUGUACCAUGUACGCCCUGUCACACAGACUGAUGUAUGUCGAGCAGAUCCUAAAGAGAUCCCUAGGAUAUUCCAGAUUUUAUAUGCUAAUGAAGGAGAGAGCAAGAAAGAACAAGAAUUCCCAGUCGAACCUGUACCUAUUGGAGCUACCUACAUUUCUCAUAAAGGACAUGAGUUUAUUCCAACACUGUAUCACUUUCCAACCAACUGUGAGGCUUGCAUGAAGACAUUGUGGCAUAUGUUUAAACCCCCACCUGCUCUUGAAUGCCGACGGUGCCAUAUCAAGUGUCACAAAGAUCAUGUGGACAAAAAAGAAGAAGUGAUAGCACCCUGUCGGGUAAAUUAUGAUAUUUCAAUGGCGAAGAACCUGCUUGUAUUGGCCAACAGUAUGGAUGAUCAGCAGAAGUGGGUGAGUCGGUUAGUAAAAAAGAUACCAAAGAAGCCACCUGCGCCAGAUCCUUUUGCAAGAUCUUCUCCUAGAGCUUCCAUGAAGGUACAGCCAAACCAGUCAAUGAGGCGACCAAGUAGACAGCUUCCUGCAAACAAACCAAGAUUACUUGAUAUGGCCUUUAAAGACUGGGAUUGGUCAGUUGAUGAUAUUGGUGAUGAUGAUGAUGAUGAUGAAGAUGUUUUUGAUUUCUGAUGAAGUUAGAAAAUUAUUGCUAGUUUCAUUCUGCAGAUUCAGCCAUCACAGUGACAGGUUUCUUCCGUAUUAAAGACUGAAAAAUAUCCUGCCAGUUUGCUUGUCAGAGAUUCAGUAAGAAAGGUUUGCAAAUCAUUCAGUGUAAAAUCUAAUCCUGAGGUUUGCCGUAUUCUUUCAGAAUUAUUAACUGAUUGUGGCUUGACCUGAACUAAGGAUGCUUGUGGCAUUUUUAUGUUUCUUUCACAAAACCUCUGCAAACGUUUACACUAAAUUAGUCUGAAUCAUUGGGAAACAUGCUGUCAUGGAUUAUGGACUUGCAGGCCAGCAUGUAGCCCUUGAAGAGUGAAAACAACAGGGCACAGAGCAGUGGAGCUUUGCAAAAUGCCAUGGAAGGAGCUGUAAAAGAGGACGAAGCAUGAAAAGUCGCAAAUUCUUUAUGAGUGGAUACUGUAAUCUUGCAAGUGAAAAUGUAUCACAGUUUGUUUUAUACAUAUUUGUAUCUGCAGAAAAAAAUAUGCACUUGGCACAGAAUAUGGCCAGGUAUCUUUAUCUUGGAAGAUUAUCACAUUUGCAGUUUGCACUGGUCUACAGCCAUAGUGGUUGAUAGGUAAUAUGGUUUAAGCAUAUUGUAUGCAGCCAGGUAUAUUUUAUAUUGAUAUAUACUGUGCAUGUGUGUGUUUUAUAUCAUAUACAUACACAUAUUCAGUAUACAUAUCUGUAUGUGUGUAAAUAUAGUUACACAUAUGUGUGGGUAUGUUAGUGAUACCGAAAAGCACAUAAUUUUCUGAAGAUGGAUAGCUCAGACAAGGAUAGUACGUUAUGUCACACAAAGUUGGUCACAUUGUAUCAGAACUACUGUUUUUUUUUUUUUAGGACUGUGAGACUUUGAGUGCAGCACACUGACAUUUGCCCAAAGUUGUAGUCAUAUCAGAGGAAGGGUGUUUUAAUUUGAAGGUCUGUUUGAGAGACAAGAGGCAGUGCACCACAUGGGAUACUUUAAGAGACCAGAGAGUUCCUGUUGGGUUUUACAGGGCAUUUCAUUGUUAUUGUGUGUGUGUGUGUGUGUGUGUGUGUGUGUGUGUGUGUGUGUGUGUGUGUGUGUGUGUGUGUGUGUGUGAUGGGGCUGAGUGAAUUAUGCUUUAUCAAAUUGCCCUAAGUCCCUGUAAAUGCAUACACUUGCAUGUUUCUCUUCAUAUAUUUGUGUAAACAUGUACAUGUGUAUGCACAUAUAUGUGUGUGUGUAUGUUUACAUAUCAGAAAUACAUUUAUGUACAUGUAUACAUACACACACACUUGUAUGGCUGACAUUCAUAAUACAGAUAAGUCCAAAUAUCGAAACCUUUUUAAUGCAGAGGGCAAGGCCCCACACACGCACACACCCUGCUAAUUGUCUAUACAAACUCUAGGAUUACACAACAGUUGGGGAAAGGCAAUUUCCCUUUUUCAGUAUUUUGAGUUUUCAACAUUAUGACUUUCAGUCUUUUGACUUUUCAGUCAAAUGAGUGGCACAUACAUAUGUAUGUGUUUGUGUAAGUGCACACACACAUGCACACAUAUAGACAACAAAAAACGUGAAUGAUUUCAGUGUCUUCUUUGAAUGGAAAUGAUUUCCUGUAGUGCAUACAAGUCAAUUCACCAUACGUCACCACUGGCUGACCUAAUACAUUGUCUAGAUGCCUUAAUUUAAACUAAGGUAUUUUACUAUUCCAUUAAUUUAGAUAUAAAGGAAUUUAAAUGUAGAUUUGCUUUCAGUAAAGAAAGUGUGCACUAUUUUUUACAUAUAAUUGCAUCUGUUGAUGGUCUAUUUUUGAAUGUAUGUGUAUAGAAAAAGUAUAUUGCAAAACGGAUUGGAUAAAUUAAAUCUUGGAAAUCUUUGGACUAAUGUGUUUCAUAUAUAAAGGUAAUGACCCAUUCAGUUUUUUUUAUUUACACCUCAAUAUAAAAUAUAGCAGUGUAUCACCCUCACUAAGUGCUAUAAAAGUUUUUUUUUUUUUUUCCUUGAGUUUCUGUAUUUUGCAAAAUGUGUAUUUUUAUUUGUAAACAGGGCAUCUGUGAUUAUUUUUACUACAUUGGUCUUGUGCACAGUUAUAACGAACUUCACAAUCUCUUAAAAGGUCAAAACCAUACUGUAGGUGUAUUUUAAAUAUUUUCUUAUAAAGUUAUUAGCAGAUGGCUGCAUAAUGUAGACAGGUACCAGUAGUAUAAUUUGAAUACUCCCUAGCAGGUUAAAAAGAAAAUUAAAUCUUGGGGAGGGGUAUAUACAUUGAAACAUAUUUUAUAGGCAGCAUACAAUAAUAUAUGUAAUUUAUAUUGGGCUUUUUCAUGUUUUAUUUAAAAAAAGAUGCUAUCUUGAAAGAAAUGCAUGUUUUAUACAACUACAGUAUGCCGAAUAAUGUAAAACAUAUUGACAAUAAAAGAAGGAAAUGA